AUGUUGGACUCGUGGAAGAAAAACAAAUUUUAUUCCAAAUGCAAGUCUACAAUCAGGCAGACGAAAACUCGAAUCGAAAUGAUCAGGAAGAAAAGAAAUUCAAUGCAGAAAUACUUGAUGAAUGAUAUAGCUGACCUUAUAAAAUCUGGAUUGGAUGUUAACGCUUACGACAGGACUGAAGGCCUUCUAGUUGAGCUGAAUCUCUUGAGCUGUUAUGAUUUCUUGGAUCAAUAUUGUGAGCAGAUUCUUAGUCAGCUUGACACCAUAAGUACACAGAGGGAAUGCCCCGAAAAUUGCAAGGAAACUGUGGGAUCUUUGAUGUGUGCAGCGGCAAGACUAGCAGACCUUCCUGAAUUACGUCAACUGAGGACGAUGUUUAAUGAAAGAUAUGGAAAUUCCCUUGAAUCUUGUGUCAAUAAUCAGUUUGCUGCGAAAUUAAAGCCAGUACCACAUAAAAUGGACGUGAAACUACGGUUGAUGCAAGAUAUAGCAGCAGAAUAUGGCGUAGAAUGGAAUUCAAAGGCUUUGCAACAAAUGCUAUAUGAACAAAAGCACGUGGAUGUAUUAGGUAACAAUAAAGAGUCUGAAGAUGCUCUAUCCAAUCAUGAGAAUGUGAGGCAUCAUCAUACUCAAUCAGGAGACAGCACAACAAAAAUCAGUUCUGAAUAUAAUUGUGUUGAUGAUGCAGUUGAUAAUGCUAGCGCAAAACAAAAAUCUGGUCAAAAAGAUUCAGGACAUGAACCAAUUGGUGAAAUCUCUAGUCAUAGAAACCGAGAUGGUCCUUCAGGCAGAACAACAUCCCUUCCAGUUGAAUUGGAACAAAUAAGUCCUGAAGAUCAAGUGAAAGGACACACUCGAGCAAAUUCCUGUACGCCUGAUAUGUUUGGGCAUGUCCAUCCAAGGGUACCAAACUAUGAGGAGGUUGUUGCUCGCCUGACAGGUCUCGGUGGAAAAUCAAAAGAAUGA